CCAAAAGAUAAAUAGAGUUGCUCGACUUAAUAUUAUAUAGAUAACUAUUUAAGGCUAAAAAAAAUGAAUCGGGAAAUUGUAGCUUUUGUGAUGCAUUGCUUGUUGCGUAUAAAAUAAGCUAUUAAUAGCUUUCACCACACUACGAAAAAGUUUAUCGCAAACAGCUCAAAUCCUAGCUAGAGGGGAUAAACUAAAACAAAAAGACAUCUUAAUUAAUUAAUAUGGACUAUGAUGAUGCAAUGAAUAGAUACCCAUUUGGUGAAAAUAAAAAGAACGUAACGUACGUGGCUGCUAUAUAAUACAGCCAAGGAGGGUCGUGUUCUAUUAUUAUGGUCAAGUGAAAUGAGAAAUAAGCAAAGAAAGAGAGAUAUGAAGAUGAGAGGAUCUGAUCAGAAGAAUAUACUAAUUGUUAUGAUGGUUGUAAUAGUUGCAGCGACGGCUCGAGGUGAAGACGGGUUCGUGACAUGGGGCGAUAACUACUACACAACAUGGGGACAUCCAGCUUUGGUUAUUAAUGAAACCUCUGAGCUCCAGCUCACCCUCGAUCAUAAAUCUGGGUCCGGGUUUGAGUCCUACAAGAUAUACGGAUCAGGAUCUUUCAACAUCAGAAUCAAGGCACCCCAAAGCAAGUCUACGAAAGUGACUACUUCCUUCUACCUAAGAUCCAAAUCAAGCCGCAAUGACGGGCUCUGUUUCCAGAUUUUUGGAAACGAAACAGCGUAUUUGCUGAAUACAAAUAUAUUUGUAUACGGUGAAGGAGAUAAAUAUCAGAGGUUUCGUCUUUGGUUUGAUCCAACCAAAGAUUAUCAUUCCUAUAGGUUUCUUUGGAACCCAUAUCAAGUUGUGUUCUAUGUAGAUGAUACAGCCAUCCGGGUGUACAAGAAGAAUCCAGACAUUUACUACCCAUCGGUGCAGACGAUGUUCAUGCAUGGCAGUGUGGAAAACGGAACAAUGGUUGACCCUAUGGAGAUGUCUUGCACUGCUAAGUUCCAGGCAUCAAAGAUCGAUGGGUGUGCGACUGAGUUUAUGAGCAUAGAUAAAUGCUUUAGUCUUGAAUACUGGUGGAACCGUAAAGAGAAUUGGGAGCUAAGCUCUAAAGAGAGGAAACUGUAUAUGAAUGCAAGGAAGGUUUACCUGGAUUACGACUAUUGCUUGGACAGAAAGCGAUAUCCAAAGGUGCCUCAAGAAUGCAGAAGUUACGGUUAGAGAAAGAUCAAUACUUUUCAAAGAGUCAUCAGCCUACAAAAACGAAAAACUUUGAGACAAGAACAAAUGUUAUUGUAACAUGCUUUGUAAUAAGUUGUUACUAUCAAAUAUUAGGAGUAUCAUUUAAAAUGACUACUUUGUUGCCAUCGCUAGCUAAUUAGUUGUAUUGAUUUUACUACAGUAACAUUACAAGUUAACAGAGAUACAAGAGUUGUGUUUUACUGUUUAUUUGUAAAGCCUUUUAAAUUAAA